UCCAGGCUUCCCAUGCUGGGGUCAACAUGCCGGUGGUCUCUGUCAAAAUCCCAGAAAACUACACUCCACACUACCCCGACCCACCCGCGUGACCUGCGAACGAUGCUCCACAUGGCCGUCCUCCUCCCUCCUGCAGCGCGCCCUUCUCUCUCUAUCUCCCCAUCAUUAUCCUCUGCAUGAUGAAUGCCUUUUCGCGCAGCCCGACAAUGAUGGCGUCUCUCCCCCUCUAUUCGCUCGGAUCCCCAUGACGUUCGCUCGCUUUCUCGUGUGUGUCUCUUUUCCAGCUGACUGAACCGCGGCUUUGGAUAGUCUUCGCGACGACGACGAAAGACGGUGCGCGCCCUUCGACCGCGAAGAAAAACGAGGCGGGGGGUCGCUGGUGCGUUCGUUACUCGCUCCGUGAUGCUCGGGGACGCGUUCUGAGAGGAGAAACGUUCGCGGGGGGCGCUCUCGUUUCGUGGGGUUUUUGUUUCUCUCUCUUUUUGAGUGCUUCUCUUGAAGGGUUUUGGUGGGUGUGAGGAGUUUGGCGUGAUACGGCGGGAGUCAUGUCUCAAUCCAAGUGGGACGCUGAGAAAAUGUUAGACGUCUAUGUCUACGAUUACUUUGUUAAAAGAAACUUACAUGCUACCGCGCAGAAAUUUCUAGCUGAAAGGAAGAUCUCGACACACCCUAUCGCUAUAGAUGCACCCGGUGGUUUUCUGUUUGAGUGGUGGUCUGUCUUCUGGGAUAUAUAUAUGGCGAGGGUUCACGAGAAACGCUCCAACACUGCUACAUCCUAUGCCGAGUCAUAUCAUCCUUCCAGUCAACUACAGUUGCAGCAGCAAUUGAUGCCCCAAGCACAACCGACGACAUCUGUCUAUGAUUUAGAAAGCAGAAUAUUAAGGACGCUUCUCCAAAAGCAGAGUCUAGGUUUUGGAAUAGAUCAGAUGAAUAAUACGGGUGAUGUACUUGCUAAUGUUCAGCCUACAGCACGGAUUGGUUAUCCUGUACUUCCCUGUGGUAAUGUGGAUGUCCCAUUGCAGCAACAGGAGUAUCCACAGAGCUCACUUUUGAACCAUCAAUAUCGAAAUUCUAGUAUUCCUAUCCUGUGCCCAAAUAGAGUUAUCUCUUCAGGAGGUCCAAAUGCUGAUGGCAGCUGGCCAAUGACUUUCAAGGAAAAUUACCAGGCUUUACAAAAAGAAGCUUCGCAAAAGAGAAAGCGGUCAGAUUUAGCUCCAUUCCCUGCAAAACAUUUGAGGAGUGCGGAUGCUUUUGGACUUUUUCCUCUUAUAUCCUCAACACCUCCUACCAUGAUGCUGGAUGACAAUAUCUCUGUACCUUCUUUGCCACAAAUUGGUCAUUCCUCUUUGCCUUUGCCCAUACCUGGCUCUGAUGCUACAGGUCCAGUAUUUUCAGCAACCAACAGAUUGGCUCAAAUGAAUGUGGUUUUGGAUGCAUCUUUGGCAGACAAAAACGAGUCUAUCUCAUGCUAUGAAGAUGUAGCCACUAGGGAAAUGGUUAUUAGCAAAGGGUUCACUCUUACUGAAUUCCAGAGUCUUCCUACUAGUCCAAAUGAUGUUGAAUUUUGUCACUUCUCAUACGAUGGGAAACUGCUUGCAACUGGUGGACAUGAUAAGACGGCAACAUUCUGGUGUACCAGGUCGCUUAGAUUGAAGUCAAAGCUUGAGGAGCAUUCCCAUUCAAUUACAGAUGCCCGCUUCAGUCCAAGAAUGCCUCGGUUCGCUACUUCGUCAGCUGAUAAAACUGUCAAAGUUUGGGAUGCUGAUAAUCCUGACUAUUCCCUUCGAACUUUUACUGGACAUUCUUUUGCCGCUAUGUCCCUGGACUUCCAUCCAUGGAAAGAUGAUCUCAUCUGCUCCUGUGAUAACAACAUUGAGAUCCGGUAUUGGAGCAUCAAGAGUGGCCGCUGUGUGGGGAUUAUCAAGGGCGGUUCAAGCCUUAUGAGAUUUCAACCUCGGGCUGGAAGGUUUCUUGCAGCUGCUGCAAAGAAUGUUGUUUCAAUACUUGAUGUGGAGACUCAAGUUUGUAGGAUGAAAUUGCAGGGUCAUGAAGGCACUGUCAAUACCAUCUGCUGGGAUUCUACCGGCGAGCAUUUGGCAUCUGUGAGUGAUGAUUUGGUUAAAGUAUGGAAAAUUGGCUCAAGUGGCAAUGCAGAAUGUGUUAAUGAGUUGAUCUCUGCUGGGAACAAGUCCCAUGCAUGCGUCUUUCAUCCCUUUCACCCGUCUGCAGCAAUCAUCGGCUGUUCUGAGAAUCUGGAGCUCUGGGAUAUUGCUGAGAACAAGAAAGUGAUGCUCCAUGCGCAUAACAAGCCGAUAUCUUGCCUAGCUGCAUCAAGUGUCAAUGGUCUUAUUGCUUCCGCUAGUCGCGAUAAGUGCAUCAAAAUUUGGAAGUGAGGUGAUCAUUCCUUGUUUCCUUCUUUUUUGGGUUGGUUAUACACAUAUAUAUACCAGUUUUUUCAAUUAUACUAUGCCACUGUGGGAAAAGCUCUUUUUAAUGGGUUUUGGCUUUACCCUUUUCUCUUGAAGGGCUUGCAUAUAGCAUAGUUUGCCCCUGUUGCAAAAAUCUAAAAGCUUGCAUAUAGUAAAGUGCAGUAUGCAAAGAGUAGGUUUUGUGAUAUACAUCAACUUCAGUGAGAAACCUUUCUUCUCGUUUCUUGGUUAAUCUUGGAAACACUAUGAUAUGAUAUAUACACAACACAUUCCCAUGCA